AUGGAUCCCAGAGGAGACAAGCUAUAUGAGUGCUCAGAGUGUGAGCAAAGUUUCAUUUCAACGUCAUUUCUUACAAUUCACCAGAAGAUUCACAAUGAAGAGAAACCAAUUGACAAGACACAUCUCACUCAACACAAGAGAGGGCACACAGGAGAGAAGAUAUUUGAGUGCUCAGAAUGUAACAAGCGCUUCACAACAAAGUGGCAUCUUACUGUUCACCAGAGGACUCACACUGGGGAGAAGCCAUUUAAAUGCUCAGAAUGUAACAAGUGCUUCACAACAAAGUGCUAUCUUACUGAACACCAGAGAACUCACACUGGAGAAAAACCAUAUAGAUGUCCAGAAUGUGGAAUGAGCUUCACACAAAAGGAAAAUCUUACUGAACACCAGAGAAUUCACACUGAAGAGAAGCCAUUCAAAUGCUCAGAAUGUGGCAAGUGUUUCACAACUAAGGGGAAACUUACUAAACACCAGAGGAUUCACACUGGAGAGAAACCAUUUCAAUGCUCAGAAUGUGACAAGAGCUUCACACUAAUGAUAACACUUACUGAACACCAGAGAACUCAUACUGGAGAGAAACCAUAUAGAUGUCCAGAAUGUGACAAGAGCGUCAUACAAAAGAAACAGCUUACUAUUCACCAGAGGAUACACACUGGAGAGAAACCAUUUCAAUGUUCAGAAUGUGACAAGAGCUUCACACAAAAGAUACAUCUUACUAAACACCAGAGGAUACACACUGGAGAGAAACCUUUUCAAUGCUCAGAAUGUGACAAGAGCUUCAGACAAAAGAUGACACUUACUGAUCACCAGAGGAUACACACUGGGGCGAAACCAUAUAGAUGUUCAGAAUGUGGAAUGUGCUUCUUACAAAAGAAACAUCUUACUAUUCACCAGAGGACUCACACUGGA